CAGGACACCCAGAGCUACGCCACACAGAGGCACCUGUGGACACACAUCCUGCCCCGGCCCCCCAGCAGGUGCAGCCAGCCCAUCAGUGGCCUGGCCCUUGCCAUCCUGUGGGGCUGCGACACUGGGACGGGGCUCGGCUGGGCUCAGCCUGGGCUUCUGGAGCCGGUGGGAGCCUGGCAUGAGCAGCCCCUCCCUCCCGCCUGCUGCCCGCUCUCCCCUCCCCAGGCAAAAGGUUGCUCAAGGAGACUCCAGGAUUUGGGGUCCGCCUGGCCACGUCGCCAGGAGUCCUUUUUGCUGAGCAUCUCGCCAGAGUUCCCGGCAGAGCUCACAGAGCCUCGGGAAGCAACGGGAAGGAAGCUGAGGGAUCCUGGCUACACCGAGCCCAGGUGAAGCAGGCGUGAGCUGGACUGACGGGGAGGCUGGCGUGACACAGCACCUUGCUCCCUGCCCCUGCACCAUGAAAAUCCUGCUCUAUGACCUCCUGCUGCUCAGCCUCCUCUCCAGUGUCUCCGGCAGUUGUCCUAGGGACUGCCUCACCUGCCGGGAGAAGCUCCGCCCAGCUCCGGACAGCUUCAACCUGGAGCUGUGCAUCCUCCAGUGUGAGGAGAAGGUGUUCCCCAGCCCCCUCUGGACUCCGUGCACCAAGAUCUUGGCCAGGGGCUCCUGGCAGCUCCGGCCCGCUGACCCCGAACACGUGGUGGCUGCUCUUUACCAGCCAAGAGCCUCAGAGAUGCAGCAUCUGAAGCGAAUGCCCCGUGUCCAGAGCCCGUUCCAGGACCAGGAAGAGACAGAGCCAGGCACGGAGGACGCUGGGGAGGUGGAGCAGAAACAGCUGCAGAAGAGGUUUGGGGGCUUCACCGGAGCCCGGAAGUCGGCCCGGAAGUUGGCCAACCAGAAGCGGUUCAGUGAGUUUAUGAGGCACUACCUGGUCCUGAGCAUGCAGUCAAGCCAGCGCCGACGCACCCUGCACCAGAAUGCUCCUCAUCCAUCAAAGACAGCCGUAGCAUUACUGAUCUUCCUUCAAGGUUUAUCCAUCUAUACAUUGACCUUCGGUGCCACACUCCGUGGGGAGACAGCCCUCAGUGCUCUCUGCAGGUGUCCUGGUGAUCCCCAAAACAGCAUGUGUCCAGCCCCAGACCUGCCGGCUGGGAAUCAGGAUUCCUUCCGCUCCGAGACACUGAGAGCCUGCUGGCCCUGCGGGGUCAUCCGCUGGCACCUCCCGUCUGGUUGUCUCCCCUCCCCUGGCAUGAUCCCCCUCAACCCUGUUGCUACAUCAGAGUGUAUUUUUGUAAUUCCUCCAGCUAACAUUUUAAUGCCCCCAUCUUUCCUUCUCACCCACCUCUUCCAUCUUCUGGGGCUGGGUGAAAGGAAAAUGAAAUCAAGCCUGGGGUUUCGACUCAUCACUGCCAUACUUUGUUUGUAAAAGAGCUGUUCUCUUUGACUGGUUGUUGGAAACAACUCUUUCUCCAUUAAACUUCUACCG